UUGACAUUGGUCAGUCGAAUCCGUAUAUAAAGUGACGUGUCUCGACUGUGACGCGUGACGCUCGGGAAGUUUCAGCGUAAGCGCGACCGCAGUUGUCACUGUCAGUGCUAUUAUCUGCGCCCUUACAGACGCAAUAUCGCGCAAGUUAUCGCAUCGUUGUCUCACUUUGUCGUGACAUUCCUCACCAAUUACUCGCGAAGAUGUCUUUCAUCUCGCCGAUGCCGAGCCAGCAAUUUCUCUGGGACGUGUUCCAGAGGGUGGAUAAGGACAGGUCCGGUACGAUCACUGCGGACGAGCUGCAGCAGGCUCUCUCGAACGGCACGUGGACGCCGUUCAAUCCUGAAACUGUACGUCUAAUGAUUGGUAUGUUUGAUAAAACCGAUCCUGCUACAGGUAUGUUUGACAAAAAGCAGGCAGGCACGGUCAGCUUCGAAGAAUUCGGAGCGCUGUGGAAGUACGUCACCGAUUGGGAGAGUUGCUUCCGGUCGUUUGACCGCGACAACAGCGGCAACAUCGAUCGCAACGAGCUGAAGACGGCCCUCACGAACUUCGGGUACCGACUGACCGAUCAGACGAUCGACAUGCUAAUACGGAAGUACGAUCGUGCCGGACGUGGCACGAUUUACUUCGACGACUUCAUUCAGUGCUGCAUUGUCCUAUAUACCCUCACGUCUGCUUUUAGACGGUUGGAUACAGACCUGGAUGGCGUCAUAACGAUUCACUACGAACAAUUUCUGGGCAUGGUGUUUAAUCUAAAGACAUAAGUUGCGAGAUCACUCUACGAACACUUUUUUUCUUGCCUGUUCGGCAGCAUAUUUAAUAUUUGAAGUUACACUUAAGAUGCCAAAUAAAGACGCAAGAAUUUUUAUAUACUGUGUGUAAAAGAACUCAGAAUCUCCAAAAUUAGUAUUUAUCUAUACAUUUCGUUCGCCGUAUUCAACUAAAUUUGAUCGAAUUAAUGAAGUCUUUUUGUAAAUUAAUUGCAAAUUAAAAUACAUGUUUAUUUAUUUUUAUCUUUUCAAAUUCAUAAUGUUCCUAAAUUCUUUUAUCUGUGAAAUGUAAUUUCUCACGUGAUAUUCUUGUCAAUUAAGAAAUCUUGGAAAUUCUGAAGUAUAUAACUGUUGAAUAGGCAAUUUGUAUUAAUACAAGCAUACUGUUAUAUAAGAAAUGACAUAGUCCAUUAAUGCAAGUCAAUUAUAAUAGCUUUUAUCUGCUACGGGACGUAACUGGUCAUUAUUGUUUGCAAGUUAAAUUCGAGCGCACUAUGACUUCCAGCAUUUCUAUUACAUAUAUACACACAUAUAUAUAUAUAUAUACUGUUAUUUAAUGAAAGAACUUAUACAGAUAUACGUGUAAUUAUAAGCAACGAUGAAGAAAACUGACGAACAACCCACAUUUCUUGAUAUGCUGUUACACACUUUGUGCAUAUUAAAAUUUGUCGAUACAUGUAAAAGUAUAUUCAUAUAGUUGUAUUUUUCUAUAAGUAUACCAAUAUAGUUAUAUAUGAUAAAUGGUCGAAAAAUAUAUUUCUUCUACAAAGC